UUGGAGGAGGGACUUCCUCCGGAGCAGCAGUUGGAUGGAAAGCUGCGUCUGGGCUGACACGUAACUAAAAUUAAAGGUACUUCAGAGGCCUCGACCUGGACGCGAAUUUUUCAACUUUAACGCAAGCUUGACGGAACUGCGUCGGAAACGUCUGAAGGAGGAAGAGGAGAGAGCGAAGCGGCCCUGAAGCGGGAAGCCUGAGACUUCUUGUUUUGCAUUUCAGAACUGGGCAGAGCAGGACUUUGACUUGAAGUGAAGCGGAGAGCUGAGCGACUCCUUUGAAGUGGAGUUGACUUGGCUAAAAUAAUGCAUGCCGAAGCAACUGCUUACACGUAAAGCGGUGCCGUUUUGUGAGUGGAAAUGCUCGGGGAGUGACUGGGAGGGGUGCAAAAAGUUGAGUCGGAAGUUUCCACCAGCAGAGACGGGGCUUUCUCGCGCAGACGGCGGGGAGGGGUGCGGGUCCAACAUGGGAAACGGGGUGUGCUCCCGCAGGCAGCGGCGGAUCUUCCAGUGCCUGCUGCUGGUCACCGUGGUCUGCGGGAUGAUGUACGGGGGACUCAUGUCCUAUGAGAUGCAUAAACAGCUCAGGAGGACCGAGGCGACGGCACUGAAGUACCAACAGCACCAGGAGUCACUCUCGGCACAGCUCCAAGUGGUGUAUGAGCAUCGAUCAAGGCUGGAGAAGUCUCUUCAGAAGGAGAGGUUAGAGCACAAAAAGGCCAAAGAAGAUUAUCUUGUUUAUAAACUUGAAGCGGAGCAAUCUCUGAACAAAGAGAAGCAGGAUGCCAACAGCAGACUCAACUCCUUACAGGUGCAGCAUCAGAUGCUAAAGAAUCAGCAUGACGAGCUGAAGAGGCAGUACUACGAGCUAAACGAGCAGCACCAAGCGCAAGGCGAGGACCACGGCCGGCUGCUGGACGAACACAGAGAUCGCUACAAUAAACUGCAGCAAGCCAAAGAGGUGGAGGUCUCCCAACUUAAAGAGCAUGUUUAUAACCUGAGGGAAGAAAAUAAACAACUGAGGAAAGCCCACCAUGAGAUUCACACCCAGCUACAGGAUGCCCAGCUCAAGCAUCAGAACCUGAAGGCGGUCCACGACCAGCUUGCACUGACCCUAGAGGACCACAAGAGUGCGCUGGCUGUAGCUCAGGCCCAGGUGGAUGAAUACAAGCAGCUCAAAGAGACUUUGAACCGGGAACCAAACCGGGCACAACCCGAUCCAAACUCUAUUGCUCAGCAGCUGCAUGCAGCCACAGUAACAGCCGAGUCCCAUGUUCACCAAUCCCAGCAGGCUGCUAAAGAGACGCGCGCUCAGGGAGAACAGCGCCCCCACUGGGACACAGAGUCAAUGCUGGAUAAUCAGGAAGAGAAGGAGGCCAACGCCCAGUCUGAGGUCAAUUCCCACCCUGCUAUGUCCCAGCCCGGCCUGUCUGAGAGGGAUGAGGACAGAGAGGGAGAGGCUGAGAGGAAGAGGGAGCUGGCAGAGGAGGAGAUGGCUCAAGCAGGACAGCCUCAGAAGCUGGAGGAGGACCUGGACCAGGCGCAUGACGAGCAGAUGGAGGAGGAGGAGGAGAGGGAGGAAGAGCAGCCUGAUGAGAACGCGUUGGACAGACAGAGACGGCAGCCACAGCUGGACAACCAUGCAGAGCUGCACCAGGGGGGCCAGCUGCAGCAGCAGCAGCAGGCGCCAGCUCAGGUGUACCACCUGAAGUCGGCCUACGAGCAGCAGCAGGAGCAGCGGCGCCUGGAGACCCUGCGGGACAACGAGCGCAGGCAGAUCCAGAUGCGACAGGAAGCGCUUCAGGCGCAGCGAGAGAAGGUGCUGAAGGAGAGGGAGCAGCGGCUGAAGGAGGAGAAGGAGCGAGAGGAGCAGCAGAACAGGGAGGCUGACAGAAAAGAACAGCUGCUGAGAGAGGAGCACCAGAGGAAAAGACUGGAGUACGAGAACAUGAAUGAAGACGUUCCAAGAGAAGAGGACCGUCGCACUGCUAACGAAGGAGAGAGAGACGUUCACAUGUUGCAUGAAGAGGAACAGGAGGAGAAACGACCAGCUCACAUGGCACCCCCACAUCAGGGCGGCGUGGACGGUGAGGUAGAUCCUGAAGACGACCCCAACAACCAGGGGGAGGAUGAGUUUGAGGAGGCUGAGGACGAGCACCCGGCACACAGGGCUGCUGAGGAGGAGGAAGAGGGGGAGGAAGAGGAGCCAGCCGCUCCUGGCCAGCACAUAGACUCUCAUCCGGGCCCCGGCCGACCUGCUAUGGAGGAGGAGCUGGUGAUGGCUGGAAACCCAGAUCAACAGGAGGAUGCACUGGAUGAUCAAUACCAGGAAGAGGACGAGGCCCAGGAGGAUGUAGCUGGUGGAGAGAAAAGGCAGGAAGAGGGAGUUGAAGAGGAAGGGGAAGAUCCAUAUAAUGAGAACACGGAACAGAACGAUGCAAAAAACCAGGAUGGGCCCAGAAAGAAACAGAACCACCAGAACGGAGCACACGAGGAAGAAAACUACGAGGAGGAAGAGGAGGAGGUGGAGGAGGACGCAGCCGGUCAAGAUAAGGGAACCAAUCGAAGAGCAGAAAUGUAGGCUGAGCAGCUGCGGCGCAUUUUGUGCUGCUAGUACAGCCAGUCAGGAAUUAAAACCAGCCAUCCAUUCAGAAUUUUGCUGCAGAAAAUCUGAAAAUUGUGCCAGGAACAUAGGAA